UUUUAAAAUUUCCAAUCAUUUUCCCAUGACAAUGUGAUAUCAUAUAGGUGUUAUCACUUUUAGAAAUGAUUAAAAUAUUUUUAUAUUUUAAAACAGAAAAAUUAUAUGGUAAGUUAUUUAAAUGUAUAUUAAUCAAGAAAAAAUUAUUUAAUUCAUCUAUUAAUAUUUUUUUGUCAGAAUUCAUUUACUAAUAUAAACAGAUGAAUUAACAUUUUUAUAUGGUAAGUCAUUUAAAAUUAUAUUAUUUGGUAAUUCAUUUAAUUUAUUAUAUGGUAAGUCAUUUAAUUAUAUUAAUCAAAGUAUUUUUUUCACAAGAUUUUUCUAGAGUUAAUACUCUAUUAAUAUAAUUCAUAUAGCUUGGAUUAUAAUAAAAUAAACAUGCUUAUUUUUAAUAGAAAAAAGCAGACAUAAAUAAAAGAACAAGACGAAAGAAUAAUAAAAUAUGUUUGUUGUGUUAUUGGUAUUUUUAUAUGUAUUUAAUUUUUGUUUGUUUGUCGAGGUACGUGUACUUUUUUGUGUUACUAUAAAUGUGAACUAAUUCUUUUUAUGCAUUUUAAAAUUUUAAGAUAAAUUUAGUAAGGAAAUUCAAUAAAACUUUCCAUCUCUACACUUGUCAAAGUAAAAGAUGGAAAUUAUAAUGUAAAUUGAAAGUAAGAAAAAAUUAUUUAAAAAUUAAUGUACGAUAAUAAAAAUUUAACAGAAUUUAUACAAAUAAAAACAAUUUAUUUCAUAUAAUAUUGGAUCUCACAUUAAUAUUAAGUAUAUAUGUACGCCUAAAAUAACGACAUUUGGUUAUUUAAAAAUUGAAAUAUUAUUUUUCUUAUUAAAUAAUCAGAUUUAAUUUAUUAUAGGUAUGUUUUAAUUUAAUUUAAAAUAAAUUAAAACAAUAAUUUUAAAAGAUAUGUAAACUAUGAUUAGUUUUAAUUAAAAAUAUUUGGUUGAAUGAGUUAGUGUUUGAUAAAAUAGUGUGAUGAUGAGAGAUAAUUUAAGAAAGAAUUUGUUUACUUAACCCAUUUGAGUUUUAUGUUAAACACUAAAUUAAAAAAAAUGAGUGAGAAAGUGUAAUUUGGAACAAAUUAUGAGAAAAAUUGCUUAAACUACUAUUUUCCUAAUACAUGUUUUUUAUAGAAAUAAAUUUAAUGGUUAUAUAUUAUUAUAUAAAAUAAUUAUAUUUGUACGUAAGAAAUUAUUAUAACUUUUAUGUUUUUAAAGCCCACACAAAACCCUUUACAAAAGAUCUUUCAUGAUAAAUGCAUCCGAUCAUUGUAUUGGUCAUAUUGGAGUUACAUAAAAAACAAACUCUCUUUUUUUUUUUCUCUUGAGAGCUAGAGUAUUUUCGGUUUUUCAUGUGUUAAACUAAAAUAUAAAAUAAUUCUACAACCAAUUAUUUGAAUUAAUUAUAAUAUUCUUUUCUGUAAGAGAAAGAUUUUUAAUGACUAAGAAUUUAUGUUUUUGAACUAUUUUAAAUCUCACAUAUCUUCUAAAAUAUGUAUUGAAAUUUUUUAUUAUCCAAAUAUUUGAAAUUAAAAAUUAUAAUUUCUAAUUAUUAUUCGAAAAUUAUAACAGCGUGAAGAUAAUAUAUAUAUUUUAUAUAAUAUAACCACCCGCAAAAUUGCGGACAACCACCUAGUAAUGACGUAAUCAUGUAUACUUUUAUAAAAAGAAACUUUUGUCUAUAAACAUACAAAGAAAUUGAUGUGUAAUUAAUAUCGCAAUCCUCUUUUUAAUUAAUUAUAGCUAGAUUACAAGUUGUUUUAGUUAAAAGAAACAUAUGGAAUCAGAAGAUCAUCAGCAUAUUCGAUCAAACAAAUGUAAUCCAAAAAACAAUUUACCUUUUCAUUUUGCAAUGCGACUUGGAUUUUGAUGUUGAAAUGGCGUAAUCAUGUCUACAUAUAUAAAAACUUAUUUUAUCUAUAAAUAUAUACGUUUAUGUAUGCAAUCCUCCUUUUAUGGCGAACCCUUAAAAACAUUUAUGUACGCAAUCCUCUUUUUUUAAUUAUAGCUAGAUUACAAUUUGUUUUAAUUAAAUUAUUUAUUUAUUAGAAACCAAAAGAAAUAUAUAUAAUCAGAAAAGUCUUCGGUUUCAUAUUUGGUUUUAAAAAGGAGUAUAAUAUAAUCUUGAACAAAAAAGAAAAUAAAAAAGGAGUAUAAUAUUAUUUAAUAAAUAAAAGGUAUCAGAGAGUGAGUGAAACAGAGAGAGAAAGAGAAGAAGCGUUUCGUACUCUUCGUUUCUUCUUCUGCUUCCAUUAAUCAUACUCAGAAAGCUUUUUUAUAAUAAAGAACUCAGAAAGCGUUUCGUCCUUUUUUUUUAGCUCAGAAAGCUUUAUUCAUCUUUUUACUUCAGUUUCUCUCGAGACUUGUUUUCACCUAGUUAGAACAAAAUUCGAGUUUUCUCAUUUUUUGUAGAGCCUCUGAUAUUGAAAAUUUCGAUAUUUCGAUAAACCCAUAAUCAGUUUCGUUCAUUGGUGUUUUUUUUUAAAGAGAAGAAUCUUGAAAUUGGGAUAUAUUGAAGGGAUGAAGAUCUGACAUCAGAAAUAGAUUGAGACAAGAAGAAGAGCGAUAAUGUGGUGGUGGUGUUCUUCAGGAAAAGGUCGUUCUAAUCUGGAGAGGUUUCUCUUAGGAUUCACUCCUAAACCUCCUUCUUUCUCUCUUCCUCUGCAACAUGGGAAAGAGGAGACCGAGUAUUUCAGGCUUGGUGAUCUUUGGGACUGUUAUGAUGAGCUAAGUGCUUAUGGCUUUGGAUCACAGGUUGAGUUAAACAAUGGUGAAACGGUUAUGCAGUAUUAUGUCCCAUAUCUAUCAGCUAUCCAAAUCCAAACUACCAAACCAGCUAUGAUGUCCAGGAACCAUAAUGAGGUGGUUGAAUCUGAGAGUAGUGAGUGUUGGAGCGAUAGUGAGAGCGAGAAGUUAUUGUCAAGCUCAAUGAGCAAUGAUUCGAGUAGAACAUGGGAUGAUGUCUCCGAUGAUUCGGUUUAUGAUCCGGAUGGCACACCACUACUGCAAGAUAAGCUUGGUUACAUUGACUUUAAGUACAUUGAAAGAGAUUCUCCUUACAAGCGGGUUCCCUUAACCGACAAGAUCAACGAAUUGGCUGAGAAGUAUCCUGGAUUGAUGACCUUAAGGAGUGUAGAUAUGUCUCCUUCAAGUUGGAUGGCUGUUGCAUGGUAUCCGAUAUAUAACAUCCCAACCUGCAAGAACGAGAAAGAUUUAAAGACAGGCUUCCUAACUUACCAUACUUUAUCUUCUUCUUUUCAAGAUAAUGUGGUGGUGGGAGAUCAAGAAGAGAUGGAGUGUUGUGAAGAAUCUGUCAUGAACAAGAGAAUCCCAUUGCCUCCAUUUGGUUUAGCUACUUACAAAAUGCAAGGAGAUCUCUGGGGAAAGACAGGGUUUGAUCAGGACCGGUUGGUUUAUCUUCAAAGUGCUGCUGAUUCAUGGCUGAAACAGCUGAAUGUUGAUCACCAUGACUUUAACUUCUUCAUGAACUCCAGCUUUUAAGAACCUUGAACUGUUCUUUGUUGUUUUAAGCUCCCUCUUUUGUUUUUGUUGUCUGGCUUGUUGUGUUGUUUUAAGUAGCAACCGCCAUUCCUGAGUUGUUACUUCUGUUGCAAGCCAUGGUAGUUACUAAGAAGAAAACAAAUUUUUUUUCCUUUCUUUUUAGGUGUUGAGGCGAUAAGAAAACAAAAAUAAUGAUUUCGUACUUGAGUAAGACAAUGUAAAUGAAGUUCUUUACUCUU